AUAAGAGUAAGCUAUGUGUAACAUCAAACUCCUCUUCCCUCCUACACGAAUAUCUCGAACCUUACCACAAACACGAUGGAUCUUCGUGCAGACGAUCAAGAACUCCAUAGAUGGCCAACAGCAUCAGAGGUGAUUGAAGAAUUGAAAGCCAUGGGGAAAAUAGCGGGACCCACAAUGGUCACAGGGCUGAUUUUAUACUUCAGAAGCAUGAUCUCAAUGCUCUUCCUCGGCUACCUCGGCGACCUUGAGCUCGCCGGCGGUGCUCUCGCCGUCGCCAUCGCCAACAUCACCGGAUACGCCGUCGUAUCCGGAUUGGCUAUGGGGAUGGAGCCUAUUUGUGCCCAAGCAUACGGAGCCGAUCAAAUGAAGCUCCUCGGCCUCACUCUCCACCGCACAGUGGCUCUCCUCCUCGCCGCCUCCGUCCCCAUCGCCGCCGUGUGGCUCAACGUGAAGUACAUCCUACUCUGGUGCAAUCAGGAUGAGGAGAUCUCCGCCGUCGCCGGGAAUUUUGUGGCGUUCGCGAUUCCUGAUCUCUUCUUCUUAAGCUUCCUCCAUCCUCUCCGGAUUUUCAUGAGAUCGCAGGGGGUGACGGUGCCGGUGAUGGCCCUGUCAUUCCUCGCGAUUCUCCUGCACAUUCCGGCGAAUAUUUUGCUCGUGAAUUGUUUGAAUCUCGGCGUCGCCGGAGUGGCGCUGGCGACUGCGAUCACGGAUUUUAACCUAGUUUUGUUCCUGUGCCUAUUUCUGCAAAUUUCGGGGGAAUUCGAUAAAUCGUGGAUUUCUCCGACGGCGGAGUGCCUACGUGGCUGGUCGGCGCUGAUCGGGCUGGCCGUGCCGGCGUGCGUCUCCGUGUGCUUGGAGUGGUGGUGGUACGAGCUCAUGAUCGUGCUCUGCGGGCAGCUGGCGAACCCUAGGGCGACGCUCUCGUCGAUGGGGAUUCUGAUCCAGACGACGUCGUUCAUGUACGUCUUCCCCUCGGCCUUGAGCCUCGGCGUGGCGACGCGCGUAGGGAAUGAGCUCGGCGCGAGGCGGCCGGCGCGUGCGCGCGUGGCGAUGAUCGCGUCGCUGAUUUGCGCGGCGGCGAUGGGGGCGGCGGCGGUGGUGUUCGCCACCGCCGUGAGAGAGAGGUGGGGGAGGCUGUUCACGGAGGACGGGGAGAUAUUGGAGCUGACGGCGGCGGCGCUGCCGAUAGCGGGGCUGUGCGAGCUGGGGAACUGCCCGCAGACGGCGGCGGGAGGGGUUCUGCGGGGGAGCGCGCGGCCCGGGGUGGGGGCGAGGGUGAAUUUGGGGUCGUUCUACUUAGUGGGGAUGCCGGCGGCGUUUGUGAUGGGGUUUGGGAUGGGGAUGGGGUUCAGGGGGCUGUGGAUGGGGCUGCUGGCGGCGCAGGUGAGCUGCGCGGCGGCGAUGGUGGCGGUGCUGUGGAGGACGGAUUGGAGGGAGGAGAUGGAGAGAGGGAGAGAAGUCCGAAAAAGGGAUAAUGUUUGUGAUGAUGGAGGUAUUUAUAGGAUAGAUGGUGAGAGAGAGAAUGAGACGUUGAAGCUUCAAAAUCACCCCCUCAUUCUUGUUGUGUGCUGAUGAUAAAAUGAUAAUGAUUGGUUUUCAAUGAUUCAAUCUUCCAAGUCACCUUAUUUAUGGCCAUG